CCCUUCUCUCUCUCAAUCUUCUCAACCUCUCUCUCCCCUGUCCCGCAGUCAGCCGGUCGGACUAACACCUCUCUUCACUCUCGCUGGGGAAGUCCAAGCAACACUGUAUUUCUACACUGCUCAGUGAGGACAGCACGGCUGGGAAGCCUCAGAAGGUGUGCUGGUCUUGGUGUCUCCUCAGCCGUCAUGGGGAGGUCAGGAGCGCUCUGGGUUUGGUUGCUUGGGACGAGCAUGCGGUUGUUACUUCCCCUCGUCCUCUGUGUCACCUGCAUCCAUGGUCUUUUUCCGCCACAGCCACGGGUCUUCCUGUCAUUUCAAGAAUUACAGAAAACCCAGUCCUUUGAGCACUACACAUUGUCUGAGAAGGCCAUGGACUAUAGGAUCCUCUUCAUGGACGAAGAUCAAGACCGUAUGUACGUGGGCUGCAAAGACCAUGUCCUCUCGAUGGACAUCAACAACAUCAGCCAGACCCUGCUAAAGAUCUUCUGGCCGGCAUCCACUAGUAAGGUCGAGGAGUGUCAGAUGGCUGGCAAAGACCCCACACAUGGAUGUGGAAACUUCUUACGAGUGAUUCAGCCUUAUAACAGGACUCAUCUGUUCAUCUGCGGCAGUGGAGCCUACAGCCCAGUGUGUGCAUAUGUUAACCGUGGCAGGCGUCCUGAGGAGCAAGUCUUCCAAAUCUCUUCCCGAGCAGAGUCAGGGAAAGGAAGAUGCUCGUUUAACCCACAAGUCAACACCGUCUCAGUCAUGCUCAAUCAGGAGCUGUUCUCUGGCAUGUACAUUGACUUCAUGGGGACAGACGCGGCCAUCUUCAGGAGCCUGACCACAAGGAACGCUGUGAGGACGGACCAACAUAACUCCAAAUGGCUGAGCGAGCCAGUGUUCAUCGAUGCACACUUGAUUCCUGACGGCUCAGACCCAAACGACGCCAAGCUUUACUUCUUCCUGCGUGAGAGACUGACAGACAGUAGUGGAAACACUAAGAACAUCCACGCUAUGGUGGCUCGAGUCUGCCCUAAUGACACUGGUGGUCAACGCAGUCUGGUGAACAAGUGGACCACAUUUCUGAAGGCUCGUCUGGUUUGUUCGGUUCUAGAGGAGGACGGUACAGAGACCCACUUUGAUGAGCUCGAGAAUGUGUUUUUAUUGGAGACGGACCACCCAAAGGGCCUCCUCAUCUUUGGAGUUUUCACCUCUACAAGUUCUGUGUUCAGAGGUUCUGCUGUCUGUGUGUACAACAUGGCCGACAUCCUGACGGUCUUCAACGGACCGUUCGCGCACAGGGAAGGACCCAGCUUCCAGUGGGUGGCUUUCCAGGGCCGGAUCCCAUACCCACGACCGGGAACUUGUCCUGGUGGCGCGUUCACCCCUCAUACCCAGAGCACUAAAGAGUUUCCAGAUGAUGUGGUGACGUUCGUGAGGAAUCACCCCGUCAUGUUUAACCCCAUCUACCCGGUCGGAAGGAAACCUCUGGUGGUGCGGACACAUGCCGAUUAUAAAUACACCUCUAUAGCUGUGGACCAGGUCACUGCUGUGGACGGACACUACCAGGUUCUAUUCCUGGGCACAGAUAAAGGCACGGUACAGAAGGUCGUGGUUCUGCCGUCAAACGGCUCUCUGGAUGAGGAUCUAAUCCUGGAGGAGCUGGAAGUGUUUAAGAAGCAAUCUCCUAUCACCAACCUAAGAAUCUCAUCUAAAAAGCAACAGCUGUAUGUUAGCUCUGAACACGGAGUCUCCCAGGUGUCUUUGCACCGCUGCAUGGCAUACGGCUCUGCCUGUGCAGACUGCUGUUUAGCGCGGGACCCGUACUGUGCCUGGGAUGGGCUCAGCUGUUCUCGAUUCUACCCUACUGGCAAGAGGAGAAGCAGAAGGCAGGAUAUUAUGCAUGGGAAUCCACUAACUCAGUGCAGAGGGUUCAAUCUGAAAGCCUACAGGAAUGCAGUGGAGAUGACGCAGUAUGGAGUCAAAAACAACACCACCUUCCUGGAGUGUCAGCCCAAAUCUCCACAGGCCUCAGUUAAAUGGCUCAUUCAGAGAGACAACGAUCGCAGGAAAGAGGUGAAGCUGAGCGAUCGUGUGUUGUCCACCAAUCACGGCUUGCUCAUCCGUGCAGUGCAUUCCUCGGAUCAGGGUGUGUAUUACUGCCUGGCCACAGAGAAUGGCUUCAAGCGCACACUUGCUAAAAUCCGUCUCCAGAUUCUGAGUGAAGCUCUGGUCAGCGCUCUGAGCAAUAAACACUCUCCCUGGGGCUGGGCGGCCUCACUGCACCCUAAAGCCCUGGUGUCAGCCUUCAGCCCUGCUGAGACGCUGGCCAUGCACCAAUACUGCAAGGAACGCAAACAGAUGCAGAGUCUGCAGAACAUACAGAGCCCCAUGAGAGGUGAUCUGGGCAAACUCAAGCCCUUGCUGGACCACAGGAAGAGCAGGAACCGCCGAAACCACUUACAAGAGGAAUAGAGUCGAAACAUGAACAAAGGGAAUGGAUGGAGAGAUGACAAAAAGAAAAAAAAGACAUGCACAAGGAGAAAACUCAAGUGUAAAAUAAAGGAGGAGAAUGCUGGAGAAGAUUCCUCUGUUAUGAACCUCAAUUGAGGUUCUUCAAGAUCAAAGCAUCUCAGGUGCUUCCUGUACAGCAGUCUUAUAUACACGAACACCCAGAGCAGAGGACUCGGAGACAUCCGCAUCCUCACACACAGCCAUCCUGUUUCAAGCAGCAGAAUACAAAAUGCUAUAUAUCAUAUCCGGUAGUAUUGUUAGCAAUUUAUGUGAAUGUGGCAAUUCAGAACAAACCAUAAAGUAAUACCACUUCCUUCAAGACCCAAUGAAAUAGCUUGAUAAACAGGUUUUUUUUUUUCCUGUGUUGAUGCAUUUCUUAUUGAAACAGGCAUUUGGGAUGGGACUCGUCCCUUUUUAACAGCCUUUAGUUUACAUUACAGCCAUGAACAUUUAUUUCUGCUUGCUAAUGCUAGUGAAGUAUUACCAAAAGGGACAGUAUCAUUAUAGAGCGCAUUUCAACAGACAAAAACAAAACAAAACAAAAAAAACCCAAAACAAGUCUACUCAUCAAUAUUUUGGGUUGUUUACUGAAAGAGAAAGACUGCAAAUUGCAAAUGUACAUAUCUGCUAAAGGUUUGUCGAAUUUUAGGACUACAUUUGCAUUAGCCUUAGCCUCAACCCACAGAAAAGGUUUUGUUUUCUAGUUCAUAUCGGAUUCAAUCUUAUUAUGUAUGGAUCUUGAGAGUAUUCUGUUAACUUAUAGAUGUAAAGUUGAAUUAGCUUCUAAACUAUUGAUUUCUUCUACAUUUCCUUUAAUAUCCCUGCAGAACACUGUGAUUAGAAGUAUAUUCUAGCAAUCCAAGAUUAAAAUAAAGUACAUGCCAUUUUUAGGGCACUACAUUUUGGAAAAUUUCCAUAAAAUGGAACAAAUUUGUCUAUUCUACUACUUACAACCCUCAAAUACCCAUAGUUAAACUACAAGGCUACAUUAAAUAUUAAUAGUGGUCUUGUAAAGUCACUCAAUGGCCUUCCUACACUGAGAUGAUCAUUUGUGGUUUAGAGCUCAUCUCAAGCUUGCAAAUGCUUGUUUUCUAACAAAUGAAUUGUUUAUGGUCAUUGAACAGGUCAUGAGAAUAUUUCUUGGGAGAUAAAAACAUAACACAUCCACCAAAGUAUAUCAUCCCAGCUGCAGCACAGAUGUUCAUACGGGAAGCGAGAGGGUUUGGAGACGUUUCAAACUGUACCAGACAGGUGGCUCUCUCAGCCCAUAAUACUGUAAAGAGAGUUGUGUUUGUGCCAUGUGUUGUGCUUUGGGAAACACCAUAAAUCCAAAACACAUGUUUUUCCUAAGAAAUAUUACUUGUUGGUCAUCGUUUACUCACCCUCAUGGCCUUCCAAAAACGUUUGCCCUUGAAUAUAAUGCAUAUGUCGUAUGGACCACUUUUAUGAAACAUUUUUGUCCUUUAAGAAGUUUGACAGGCAGUAGUCAUGUUUUCAGUAUAUGGAAAAGAGCAGCAUGAUAAUUCUGCAAAAUAUCUCCUUUUGUAUUCCUGAAAGAAAGAAUGACAUGAGGGUAAAUUUUCACAGGCGAAUUAUUGGAUAAAAAUGUUGAUUGUAUGUGCACGUUUUUAUCUUUUACUAAGAUUUUUCAACACAGAAGUUAGCCGUUUUCUGUGAAUGUUUGGAGCUUCUGAUUCAGAAGGCUUAUAGGAAAAUGACAACAAAAAUGCAGUAAACAGUCAAAUCUGUGCUGCAAACUAGUGUGUUACAUUAUUACAACAAUACAUUCACAUAUUGAGAUAAUAAAUGACAUUGUUUUUAAUAUCAAGCCGCAAAAUGGACAGCUGAAAGCAUAUAACAAUUGAAGCCAUGCAAAUUCAUGUUUCAAAUAGCUGCAUCCGAUCUUACAUUAUGAAAUCAUUUUAAAGUAGAUAUUUUGUAAAGUAGACUUACACCAGCCUCAGAAAUACCGCAGUGUUUAAAUCACAUAAGGAUAGGCCCAAAAAGGCAUGUGAUCAUGUAUAUUGUGAAUGUCAUGUUAAUGUUUUGUGGUUUGCUCAGUGUGCACAGCUGUAAUGUGAUUGUCACUCAUUUUAGAUGAUGUAUAGCAUUGUACAGCCUCCAAUUUUGGAUUCUUCGAUGUCUGUGUAACUUAUCUCUUUUUGUAUUUUGAGUAUCUGUAAAUAGUGAAACAUGCAGCUCUAAAAACAAAUGAGAAAUUCAGUCACACUUCAGAUUUCUCUAUGCCUAUUAGAAUAAUUUCAAUUCACAUUGGUAGUUUUCUCUCUCUCUCUCUGAAAUGCCGAACUUAAUUUAGUUUAAUUUAGUUAAAUUUCAGAUGUUUUUGACUGAAUCUGCAUUUUGCAGAUGUUUCAUGUUCACUUUUUUUUCUGUGACAUUUUUGCCCUCUCCAAAGGGGCAUUUGAAGUAACAUGUUUUAAUAUAAUAGGCUACUAUAGCAAAUAUGUAUUCCCUGUGAAUGUUAAUGAUAAUUUUAUUUUAUUAUGUCUUGAUUUGUGUAUUCCUAUUUAUUAAUUAUAUAAGCCUGAACAACUGCCAUUAAACAACUUUAAUCCAU